AGAGGUGUGAAGGCGCUUCGGGAAAUUCGACACUUCCAGCGCACCACUGAACUGCUUAUUCCUCGUAUUUCCUAUCAGAGAUUAGUUCGGGAAGUUGCUCACAAGGUGUGCUCGUUAUUAUGUUUAUCUCUGAGUUUUCUCAUCGACGAUUUUUAUUUUUUUCAAGAUAUUAAAAGAGCGAGGGAUUACCGAGGAUUAUCGAUGGCAGUCGAACGCGUUGCUUGCGCUUCAGGUGAUGAUCAUGUUUUAAGUUUGUAUAUAAUUGCCACAUUACCUGAAAAAUGCUUCACUUUUUGGUUAGUUACUUGUGAGGUUACGGAGGCAACUGAGGUGUAUCUGACGUGUAUGUUUGAGGACACUAAUCUUGCUGCAAUUCAUGCUCGUCGUGUGACGAUCAUGCCGAAAGACAUAAGUUUGGUGAGAAGAAUCCGUGGGGAGAAUGUCACUAUGCCUCUGAAUAAAUGA